CCUCUCCGCGGGCUGUCUCCUCCCUCCCGCUGACGUAGUCUGUUACUUACGAGUCUAUAACCCGGAGCUCGGAGAAAUUCUUCAGAGCCGCGCGACGUCGUUCCCGAGCCCGUCCUUACUGCGGGAGGGUCCGCCUUGGCCCCGCCGUCCACCACGCGUCCUCCCAGCCCCACAGACACCUAGCUACGCUGCCCUUUCCUUCAGGACCGCUCGGGAUUUGGGUGGGGACUCAGCAUUUUUUUUUUCCGCUCAAUUCUUGUUUUGGGCUGUUUGUAGUUCUUUUGUUUGUUUUACGGUUUGGGCUUUCAUUGAAAAUUGAUUGGCGAAACCAUUUUAGUGAGAGUUGGAACCAGAACCAAGAACGCUCGAAGUCAUAUAAGACUGGGCGAGUGUGCGCUGCACCCAGCCGCAAAGGACAAAAGGAGCGGAGCUGAACCUUUGGAUUGAUUGCAUACAUUGAGGCAGCAGCGCUCCAGGGACCACCGACUUCGUUCUUCUUUGACUCCCAAACUAAGCCAAGUCUCCUCUGCUCCUUCCCCGUCUGCGUCCCAUCAUGACUAAAACAGAAAUGGGCAGGUUUAACAUUUCUCCAGAUGAAGACAGCAGUAGCUACAGUUCCAACAGCAAUGAUUUCACUUAUUCAUAUCCCACCAAACAAGCUGCUAUGAAGAAGAGCCAUUAUGUAGACAUGGAUCCUGAAAAUCAAAACUUUUUGCUUGAAUCGAAUUUGGGAAAGAAGAAGUAUGAAACAGACUUUCAUCCAGGUACGACUUCUUUUGGUAUGUCAGUAUUUAAUCUGAGCAAUGCUAUUGUGGGCAGUGGAAUCCUGGGGCUUUCUUAUGCCAUGGCUAACACUGGAAUUGCCCUUUUUGUAAUUCUUUUGACAUUUGUGUCAAUAUUUUCCCUGUAUUCUGUUCAUCUCCUUUUGAAGACAGCAAAUGAAGGAGGGUCUUUAUUAUACGAGCAAUUAGGACAUAAAGCAUUUGGUCUGGCUGGAAAGCUUGCAGCUUCUGGAUCAAUUACAAUGCAAAACAUUGGAGCUAUGUCAAGCUACCUCUUCAUAGUGAAAUAUGAGUUACCGUUGGUGAUCCAGGCAUUAAUGAGCAUUGAAGACAAUAAAGGAGAGUGGUAUCUGAAUGGUGACUAUUUAGUUUUGCUGGUGUCAUUGGUGCUGAUUCUUCCUUUGUCAUUGCUGAGAAAUUUAGGAUAUCUAGGAUAUACAAGUGGCUUUUCCUUACUGUGUAUGGUGUUCUUUCUGAUUGUGGUGAUGUGCAAGAAAUUUCAAAUUUCUUGUCCUUUAGAAGCUACACUGUUAAAUGAGACAGUAAAUAGCACAGUAAUGCACUUGACGUCAACUCUUACAUCUUCACCAGAAACCUCAUUUAACCUGACUAAUGAUGAUUCUUGCCAACCACGGUACUUUAUCUUCAACUCACAGACUGUCUAUGCUGUGCCAAUUCUGACAUUUUCAUUUGUCUGCCAUCCUGCCAUUCUUCCUAUUUAUGAAGAACUGAAGGGCCGAAGUCGUAGAAGAAUGAUGAAUGUGUCCAAGAUUUCCUUUUUUGCCAUGUUUCUCAUGUACCUGCUUGCCGCCAUCUUUGGAUACUUGACAUUUUACGGACAUGUCGAACCUGAACUGCUUCAUACUUACUCUGCGGUACUGGGAGCUGAUAUUAUUCUUCUCAUCGUGCGUUUGGCAGUGUUGAUGGCUGUUACACUGACAGUACCUGUAGUGAUUUUCCCAAUCCGGAGUUCACUCAUUCAGUUGUUGUGUCCAGCAAAGGAUUUCAGCUGGUGGCGUCAUAGUUUUAUUACUGUGUCUAUCUUGGGAUUUACCAAUUUGCUUGUCAUCUUUGUUCCAACUAUUAGAGAUAUCUUUGGUUUCAUUGGUGCCUCUGCUGCUGCCAUGUUGAUUUUUAUCCUGCCCUCUGCUUUUUAUAUCAAACUUGUAAAGAAAGAAUCAAUGAAAUCUGUGCAGAAGAUUGGGGCUGUAUUCUUCUUGCUAAGUGGCUUUGUUGUAAUGAUUGGAAGCAUGACUUUGAUUGUUCUUGAUUGGAUCCACAAUGCCUCUUCAGAUGGCCAUUAGCUGUCAUAACGGCAAACUUGAAUACCAGUCAACUCUCUACUCAAACGGAACUUCACUUAUGUUUGCAGUUUCACUUCCUUUUGCAAUGCAGAUUUUUUGCUGGUUCUUUUCCUGUGCAGAAUUAAUGAACUCUUUAAGAAGCUGUUCUGCAUGAAAAAAAUGGAAAUUAACAACAAACCACAUGAGUCUCCUGCUAGAGGAAGUGACAAUUUUAUUCCAUUCCAGAGAAUGGACAACUUUAACUUUUAUCAAGCCACAUGUUUGGCUUUUUUUUCAUUGUUUAACUUGGAUAUUUUAUGAUUUUACUUGAAUGUGCCUAAUGGAACCAUUUGAUGUAAGAAAUAAUUAUUAAUUUGCAGUGAAGUGUUGAAAUAACCAUUAGAGAGAACACUAUUAUUUUUUGUACCAAAAAAUACAAAGACUUCAAAAGCACUAUUUUACUUUUAAGAAAUUGCUUUUUUGAACUUUAUCCAGAUAAGGUCAUUAGACCAAAUAAAAAUAUUUCAUUAGUGUUUAAAACUAUUAGUAUUAUGAAUUAACUUGCCUUUUUAUAGGCAUAAUAAGCCAAAUACUUUUUUAUCCAAAACAAGUAAUUUUUAAAGAAAAUUAUACAUUCAGACCAAUGUGAGCAAAAAUAUAUCAUUGACUAGAAGCAUAGAUUUCAUCCAAAUCUCCAUUAACUAAAAGAUAUAAUUAGUAAACAUUUGUUAAUUGAUAUUCUCUCCCAAAUCAGUAAUAUUAAGUCUAUUUUUUGUGUUCUUUUUUUCUUGUAUCCCCCUGGUUGAUUCAAAUUACAAAAUUUUUAAAGACUUCUACCCAUUAAAACGGAAGAUGGUGAAACAAAUAUUUCUAUGAUAAAGAACUAAUAUAUAGAACUUGAGGUACCAAAUAGUGCAAUUGGGUAAAACAGGGUUUAUUCAGUUGCACCACCUAUUUCUAGAGUUACAUUGACAGCUAUGGUUAGGUUUUUCAGUCAACUGAAAAUUCAUUUGCUCCUUGCGAAUGACUUGCAGCAGUGGAUGACUAGGAUCUACUUGCUGUAGGUUUUAACCAUUGUAUUCAGAAACUUCUGAACUAACAGGAUUUCUCAUUAUUUAUCCACUAUUGGAAGUGUGAAUUACUUGAUAAAUGACUGUUUAGUUCUGUUCUUGUCUUAUCUACACUAGAGGCCUAAUACAUGGGUUAUACCAGUAUUUGGUCUAUAAUACAAGUUCUCUUUGUACAGGCAAUUAGGAUACCCAUGCAGUGAUGCUUCUUUAAACUCAUAUGCACUGGAUUGUCAUCUCAUACUUAAUCACUUUAGGAUUGUUUAUGUCUGAUCAGUGGCUAAAGAAACUAGUGCAACGUGAGUGUAAGAAGCUUUUUUGGUUCUGCAUGUUCACUUGUUUCAUUUUGAUCCCAGUUAGAGAAAAAUGUGAAUUUAAACCUGGCUUCUAAGAGCGCAUUUAUGGUGUGUUAAGGUGUAUGGUGAAUAUGUUAUCAAACAAUUGUGGUACUAUACUCAUUUGGCUUAAUGUCUAGAAACCUGAAUUUACGUAAUUCCAUAUAGUGGUUGGGAGAAGCAAUGUUGGAAUUAUCUGACUUGAAAAUUUUCUUUUGAACUGAACUAUGUUCAGUUCUAGGAAAGAGUCAGAAUUUGGCAGACAUGGUUUUAUGUCAUUCAGCAUUCUUAUGUACUCUGUGACUGGUAAGGUUAUGGACCAUGAACAUCUAUAAUUUAUAGAUCUCAUGCAACUGGAAGAUAACCAGUAGUGAUAAUAUUGAAUGAGACCAAUGGUUAAUUUUAUAUUUAAAAUUAUUAGGUACAAUCUAGAGAAUAUGCACUGUUGUUUUGUUUUAUAUAUUUUUGAGUGGGCCAUCACUACCCCAUAUGGAUUCCAGAACUCAAUUCUAGUUCAAACCAAGAACUGGCAUUCCUCCUUGAGCUCUUGGAAAUACUUGCUAGCUAAAUUAGCAUCUGAAAACUAUAGGGGAAUGCCAUGUGAAGACUUUUUUUUUUUUAAAACAUAUCUCAUUCUUAAAUGGAUGAGAUCAUUUUAGGUCAUUUAUUUUUCCCAGCAAAAUCAGGAAAAAAAGAACAAUUCCUUUUCUUACAACAGAAGGAUGUCAUAAGUCUCCCCUAUCAUCUUUGGCUGUUACCACUUGGCUAGGCUGUAUUCCAAUGCAUGAUUUUUCCUACAAGUUAACCUGUCUGCCUUGAGGUUCCUAAAACAUAUCCUCAUUAAUGAGCAAUCUUCAGUAUUAAACCACUGUCUUGUCACCUUGUUUUUACAUUACUGUCUUCCACAGAUAUUUCAGUCAUAACUGUAAUAUAAUUUAUAGAACAACAUUAACCCAUUAAAGCUAACCUAUUUUUCAAUAUUUAUGAUACUCUGUACAUAUAUCAUGUGUCAGUAUAUAUUUGUAAAUAAGUUGUAUAUAAUACAAGUUUGGGUAUUGGGUUUAAAUGUACAUACUCUUCUUAGUUUACUACUUCUUUAUGAUGGUAUGCCUCUGUAAGUAAUGUUCCCUUAAAAAUUGCCGUAUGGACAAUUAGAAUUAAAUGAGCUACCAACUUGUGUAAGAACACAUACAAAAAUUUAAAUUGUAUUUGCAAUAAACAAGCCUCUUUUAAAUCAGAAACCUUUAAGAAAUCAAAAUAGAGCAGAUUCAUUUUCGUUUCAUGGAGGUUUUAUUUUUUAAAAUGCAAUAGUUACAAAUGUGAUCUGUUGAAAAAGGCCUUCCUACACAGGUAUUAAAAAUCUGUACAUAUUGUAUAUACUCACUGUACUGUAAGGUCCAACAAUUCAAAUAUGGUUUGUUGGCAAAGAGUGCUUCACCGUUUCAAUGAAACAUUGUAUGUUUUAAAUAAACUAAAAUAAAUAUGUGCUUAAUCUGUAAA